AUGUGCGCAAGCGCGGCCGCGGCUGCGGCGCCGCCGGAUCCGGAGUUGCAUGACAAGCAUGCAUCAAUCAAGACUGGCAGCAGCCUCUGCGCACGCGCCCUGCCAGGCCGGGCCGGGCCUGGGGCCCCUGAGGGGUCUUCCUAUGGCACCGGCGCAGCUCGCACUCAGGGCAGGCUGCUGGCCAUAGCUGGCGACACCACGCCACCUAACUAUACCUAG